AUGCUUUCUCAUGGACAUUUCCUUAGAGGCUUCGUCGCAAAUGGUACACCUCAUGGAAAAUACGAUCAAUACUAUUCGUACGCGUACAACCCAUGCAGAUGGAUCAGUUUAGCCGGUGAAUGUGAUCGGGAUAAAGAAACAGCAAUAUGUAGGUGGACUCCAAACAACGAUAAUCCUGACAAUUAUCAAUCAAUUGGAAAUAAAAUGCCAAAAUGUACCAAAGUGAGCAAUUUUAUUCAACUGACCUACAAAGCAGGGGGACGGCAUCUUCAGAGUCUAAAGUCCAUUGUCAAUGUGAAGUGCGAUCGGACCAAAGUAGACAUCAAGGAUGCAACCUUUAAAGUAAACAAUGAAGAUUACUGGAAAUUUGAGCUGGAUCACUUGUGCGGUUGUGAGAAUGCUUGUGUUUCUGGGACUUCCCUUAGCCUAGCAGCGGAGGAACAUUCGCACAUUGUGGAAAUUGUGGCUCCAACCGCUGGGGUGAUUGUACUGGUGGUCCUUGCAGGGCUUUUUUUAUGGUGGAGAAAUAGGGGGAACAACCAAGAUGAUGAAGAGAGGCGACCAUUGCAACAGGACGGCCCAGGCCAGGACGGUGCCCAUAGAAUCCCCGAUGCACCCCCUGAAAACAUGGAAAGGAGGCCACCAUCCGUUGCUCUACCACGAAGCAAAAACAACAACCUUAGCUUAACUAUUUGAGUACCUAUUGUUAAGGGAAAGGGAACCUUCUAAUAGCAUGUAUUUUUUGAUAUUAUUAUUGGUAUUACCUGUCAAGUUGGUUUUGUUGGUAGUUUUUGUGUUUUAAGUAAUUUUUGUAUUCAUGACCAGCUUUGCGUCGGAAAAAAUAAAUAAUUAUGUAAAUUGGCUGGCUGCACAUUCAAUGAAGAUGACAGUAAAUCAUUAACACAAAGUCCAGGAAUAGUCCUGGCCAAAUUUGAUAGAUAAUAUAACAGGAAUAAUUUAAAACACGUAUAAGAAGAAGAAAAUAAAAAAAUUGACUAAAAAGCGGCACCGGGAAAGCUGAUUACACCUCUAUGAUCAUAGGCCUGUUUAUGGCUAACUCAGAAAAACUCUUCUUUAUACAGGUCAUGGUUUUGAACUUUUAAAGUCCAGAAACUGUUGAUUAGAUAAUCCAGAGAAUACAUAUUGCU